CAACGCGUUUUCCUCAGCCAUUAACAACUCUUCCUUCGCCUUCAGAAAAAAUCCCAAAUUUCGAAACCCUAACCCUAAUUUAGAAAUCUGUUCAUCAUCGUCUUCUUCUCGAUUUCCUGCUCGUCGGUAUUCCAUCAAUCAUGUUGUUAUCACCAGGCCACUCACCCCGUCAAAUCUCCACUCCUUCCUCCGAUUCGACUCCCAAUCCCAAUUCGUCACUCGUCCUCGCUUCAAUUCCCAAUUCCGAUUCCGCCUCCCGGAAGCGCCGCCGUGGCCCGGCCGUGCUAGACGAGGACACCUACGUCGCCGCCAUCGAGAAGAUCAUCGAGCGCGACUUCUUCCCCGAUAUCCCCAAGCUCCGAGAUCGCCUCGAUUGGUUGCAGGCCGUACGGACGAAGGAUCCCGUGCUCAUCCGCGACGCGCAGCUCAAAAUCCUCGAGCGCCGCCGGCUGCGCAAAUCUGGAGACGCCGCCGAUGCUUCGAUUCGAUCCACCACUAACACUCCUGGUACGUCCGUGUUCCGUAAUACGUCCGUCACGCCCUCUCUUUACAACGAGGCUAAAGAUAAUUUCGCGAGCGAUGAUCGCGACGGGAGCGGCGGUGGUGAGGAACAACAAGUCGAUACUUCCUUGUCGCUCGAUGAGUUUCUCAGAAAGUACACAAGCGAGGACAACGAGAGCUUCUCGAAAAUCAUCGAAAAAGUGAAUAAGAAGAAAAAGGAGAAGUACGAUUACCUAUUGACAUCAGGAGAAAACGAAGGAAACAAUGGGAAUAACUUGAUCGAUGGUUCCGGUAAGCGCGAAAACGUUCCGACGGAUGGAUUCGGGACAUCCGAUCAGCCUGUGAGUUCAUUGGAAGGUUGGAAAUACACACCAAAGAAUCUACUAAUGUAUCAUCCGGCCGACAGAGGUGAAGCUCCAUUAACACCGGAGGAGAGAGCUUUCCGGGUAAAAGGAAUGACAAAGGAGAUUAGCCGAUCGAAUACCCGAUUCCAUGGCAAGGCUAUGGAUGCCAAUGCAUCGAAGGACAUUGAUGAUACCGUCUCUGUGCUGUACACACCGGUGGCUGGAGCAACACCGGUUCCGAUAUCUAACAGGGACAGUGAUAGGGGGAAGAAGUACGAUUUGGAGGACCUAAGGAAAACCCCAAAUCGAUUCUACGUUGAGUCAGAGAAAAAGGCGGAUAAUGGUUACACGUUUGUUAAAACCCCCUCCCCUGCCCCUGGCGUUGACGAGUCCCCAUUCAUAACAUGGGGAGAAAUUGAGGGAACUCCACUGAGGUUAGAGGCAGAGGACACGCCGAUCGACAUUGGGGGCAGCGGAGAUGGGCCGCAGUUCAAUAUCCCUAUGCCACAUUCGAGGGAUGUGAAGGCGCACUCUCUUUCGAGGGAGGCUGCAAGGAAGAUUAGAGAGAGGUCGAAGAUGUUUCAGAAACCACCCUUGCCUUCCCCCGUUCGAGGAGGAAGCGCCAGCCCCGGUGCUCGAACACUUUCACCUGCAGCCCAGAAGUUCAUGAGGAAUGCCAUUGCGAAGUCGUCUAAAUCUAUCGACGAAUCACUGAGAGCAAGUUACAGAAGUGCGAGCCCGGGAUUUGGUACUCCAAAAAGCGGCAGGAGCGUCUCGAGGCUGGGAAGAGAUACCAGCACGGCUUCCAGAUCUCCAUCCGUAAGGGAAGGCUCUAAUCCGCCUUGGUAAACGGUAAAAUGCUCUUCAAAACUUGUCUUGCUUGGAAAAAUGUGGCCUUUUUAUGUGUUUAUGUUUACAGCAUGAAAAGUAUAUACGUAAUUGCUGUAUAUGGACUGGAUUGUUUCUAGUUUUUCGUAGAACAUGAAAGAUCGAAGCUAAAAUGGCAUGAAAGUAUAUGUGAUGAAUGGGCAAAUGAGAUUGUUGGGUACCGGCGACAUGACAUACAUGUGCUUUGAUUACAUUUGUUGGGAGAAAAUUUCGUGAUCUGUUUGCUUAGAUUGAUGAA